CGUUAAAUGUGUACGUUUAUAAUAAUAAUAACGUCGAUGAAGGUCAAGGACUCUUUUUAAAGGAUUGGUCUGUGUCGUCAACGCUUCUGCAGCGAGGGUCACGUGACCACGGAGAUAGCCGAGGUUUUACGGAGAAACACGAGGGUGGAUUCAACGACUUUAUAAACAAGUAAUACUGUUUCUCUACUUCCUGUCCCCACGAGUCCUGUAAACGUGUGUUUUUAAAGCCACUGUCCACGAGCUGUUCUCCGUGGCUCGAGAUGCCAACAUCAUACCCGACAUCUCCCUGGAUCCAGUCCUCACCACCUACUUGUCGCUGGACUCCUCUGCAGCUCUGCAGCAUCAGUUUGCCUUCUUACAGCGCAGCAUGAGCAGAGAGCAGCAGAGUCGCUUCAACUUGAACCUGACUCAACAGCUGGGGGGCAGCAGCAGGGUCAGCUAUGGAGGAGUCGGGGUUGUUGCUCUCGCGCUGUCUCUGCUCUUUGACCAGGUUGCCCAACAAGUCCGAGCCCAAGGGUCAAUGCCGGGGAAUUCCUCAAGUCAGAGGUUUGAAGCAAAGGCAAUUUUCGGCAUCAGCAGCUCCUCGAGAAUCGGUCGGAUCAUCCACAGCUACCUCCGUCUGGUCCCGGGCGUUGCCGGCGAUGAGGAGAAGAUAGCGGAGACGACUGAGCUCUACGACGGUUGGCUGAAGCUUGAACUCAUUGACCAUUACGAAAGGAUGACCACGAAGAAGAGGAUGAGCACGUUGUCCAUGCAGCAGUGGUUGACCGGAGCUGCAGUUCACCUGCACAUGAGAAUACACCAGGUCCGGCUGCACUCUGUGCCUGUGGGAUCAGCGAGGUCUCUGGGUCUGUCUUACAGGACAAGUUUAAGACACCUGCUUCAGGGCUUCACAGCCUAUCUACGCAAGCACAUCCAGGAGACCGCAGCUCCGAGUCCACGAGGACUCCGCACAAGGACAGACACUCAAUCAAGACAAAUGAACACACCCAGCACAACCAAUGUGACCUGUUUAAGUGAACCCCUUUCUAAUAUUAGCCAGGCUAAUAGAUUCACUGGGACGACUGCACUCAGUUCCACAGCUGAUAUUAGCAACAAAUGUAAAACCCAGGGAAACAUAGAAGAGUUUAGAGUCUUAGAAGAAAGGAAUGGCACUCAUGCAAUUACAGCAACCACAACGACACUCACCAAUUUGACUUUUUCGAGCAGGAAGGAGGAAGCUGGCUUGCGAGGCCUGUUAGUCAUUGAGCCGUGGAGGAAUGUGAGUCACAGCGUGCAGCAUCAUCCGUGUCAGUCUCCAGCCAUACAACAAGCUCUGCUGACGCGUAUCAUUAAUGCUCAGGACCUCGGCCACGACAGAAGCAUCUUCCAGCUCCCUGAAAAAGUUUUCCAAAGCCUGCUCAAGCAGAGGAACAAUUUUAAGUUAAGGAUAAUUUAGACAGAACUGAUUACAGAAUCGUUGUUGUACACAUGCAGCAUUAGUUUAAGCAAAGUGUGCGUCGAUCUGCUCUCUAACCCAGACUGACACUACUGUACCUGGUAGAAUAACAUUGUUUACAAAGAAUGAAUUCUGACUCUUCCUUAACUACACAUCUCUAGCAGCAUCGUUUACCUUCUUGUGUAGACUGGCACCAGUACAAGUGUAGACUGGCACCAGUACAAGUGUAGACUGGCACCAGUACAGUAUGUUCCACAGUAUUUCUAGUAUAUAAGAGUAGCCUGUGUUAUUGUUAUUGACUAUUAUUGUAACACCAUAAAUUGCAUUAGUAAUAGUUAUAGUUGUGCUUUUUACAUCAAAUCAGUGUCACUCUUUGUUGUUGUUGUUGUUUUUUUAUCUUAGAGGACAGUAAAAUCACAAAAGUGGCCUAGUGUUAAUUUGCACUUUUGUGCUUAAAGUGAAGAACCAGGUGCAGUUUUACUGAACUUGAA